GCUCUGAGAUAUGCUCGUGCUCAAGUCUUGUUUGUACUGUGGUCUUGAGCACACUCUUUGCUGUUGCUGUGAAUUGUACGGCUUGGUAGAUCGUCUAAAGUCCAGCCGUCCCACCCGUCACUGUUUCUGCAAUAACUUUCGGCCCGAGCGAUCCUUAAAAGCACAACAGCGAUGAGUGAUCGUCGAAGGAUUGAGGAGUAAGCUAGUGCAGAUGCCCGAAUCUAUUUACUGCUCGUAUCCUUCUCUCUCUUUAGAUCUCACUACUACAUAUUCGGUCGGCAUGUCGUCUCUCACCAAGCACACCGUAAGAUGGCGACGCAUGUGCGAUGGCUAUGGUAAAUACUGGUAUUACAGAUCCGCCAUUCGCUGGGCCGCAAUCACCACUGCGGUCGUCUCGUUGAUUGUUUUUGGUGCCGUAUGGCCAGAUUUUUCUCAAUACGCCUACUCUUAUGAAGCACAACUAGGAGGUCAUGCCUUCUCUAUCGCUGCUGUACGCUGGCAAUGCCCUUAUCAUAUCCAAGAUGAAUGCUCACGUAUGACAGCCUUGCUUUUCCCUUGUUGUCAAUGUCUUCGCUGUCAUCCUACUAUUCAGGGUGCGGAAGAACAAGACCUUACACCCUGCAUUUCUGCUCGUUGCGGACCUCUUGGUAGUCGCUGUCCUAGCAAUGACUGGAUACAUCGCUGGACCCCCGGGCUCCUUGAACAGUGGUUCAUGGACGCCACAAUACGAGCUCGUCGUAACUUGGGGCUUGAAUCUCGCACUCGUAGGCCUACACUUGGCCACUUUCGUCUCUGAUAUUUGGGAAACCCAUGUCUACCGAGGCAUGCGCAGAGAAGGGAGAUUCAAUAAUGAGGACAAGGCGAAGGAUCUAGAACACGGCCCGAACGGAUUGAAGGACCUUCCUGACACCUCCCCAAUGCUGGGCAGCCCAUUGCCAAGACGUCUGGAGCUCGAAAGACAGCCGACGCGGACUACGGGACCCUACAGGGUUGAACUGCCAGAUGGGAGGAUCUUUGAGCUGCCGGAAGGAUGCCGCAUUGAAUUACCUGCCAAUCAUAUUACCGAAUUACCAGGACCUCUUCCUGGCGUGCUCCUUGCCGAGCUCGAGGCCCC